GGGUGGGAGAACUGGUGUCUGCGGUCGCUCGCAGCGCUUCCGCCUCUAACACAAGGAACUUGUGCCAUAGACAGAUGAGAGAUAUUGUGAUGGAUUUUACACCGCAUUGUGCAUGGAGAAGCUGAGUGACAGCAGUAACAACGGGAGGAAAACAUAGCACCGAACACAAAUCUACACGAGAAGUGAGUCUCUCCCACUUGCAGCUAUGAGUGUAGAAGACAUCGUUUACACUGGCUGGCUCAUCAAAUCACCCCCAGAAAAGAAAUUAAAGCGCUACGCCUGGAGGAAGCGUUGGUUUGUGCUACGCAGUGGUCGAUUGAGUGGCAACCCAGAUGUCCUUGAAUACUACAAAAACCACCACUCCAAGAAACCUCUCCGUAUGAUAAACCUCACUGAAUGUGAAAACAUUGAAGCUGGCUUAAAGCUCAGUAAAAAAGAAUUCCAGAACAGCUACAUCUUUGAAGUUAAGACUCCGGCUCGUACAUUUUACUUGGUGGCUAAAACGCAGGAUGAAAUGAACAGCUGGGUACGACACAUCAGUCUAAUCUGUGGCUUUAGUUCCAGCGAUGAUGGAACAGAUUCCCUUGGGAGCUCUUCUCCUACUACCUCCUCAUCUCUCCAACCAUCUCCUGCUGUUUCAACUCAUACAUCACAGUCGAUCAAUAGAGAUCAAUUUCCCACAGCCCAAGAUACUGUAAUGGAAUCCGAGUCCAGGAGGAGUGAGUCAGAAUCCACACUCUCUGCUGUCGUGCCUCUGGAUUAUCUUAUUUUAUCUCAAUGUGAGACCAAGUCAAUUGAUAUUGCCAGAAGCAACAGCUGUUCGCCAUGUGAUAGAUUACUCGAUCAUUCCUUUGAGUUGACAGGAUCAGAUGAAAUUCAGGAGAAUCCACAAUCUAAGAAUGGCACCCCAACACGAACAUCUUGCAAUGUGCCUUUAUAUAAAAAUCUGCAGGAUUCACAAAUGGUCAUUUUUCCCACUCAAGAUCAGAGCGGACCUUCAUCAGCAUCUUCUUCUCCAUUAUCAGUUUAUUCAUUCUCACAGAUCUUUAACUUUGACAAAAACCACAAUGCACUGCCAUUUGGUGUAACAGGGAUUCACCUUUUGUCCAACACUCCACCGCCAAGGCCACCAAAACCGAACCAACUAACGGAGCGUGAAAAGACUCACAAAGUGAUUCAGAAUGGGGACGGUGCCUAUGCAAUAAAUCCAGCACCAGUACCGAAAAGAAUCCCUCUCUCAAAUCUAGAGAAAAAAAAUUGGAAAGAUACAGAGGGGUGCAAUUUACUGCCAUUUACUGAUUUCCAAGGGAAUUGCAUAAUGUCUGCAAAUGAAGGGCUUAAUCUAAAUAUGAAGCUUCCCGGCCAGCAGUGUAAUACCACAGACAGUACUGAUGACAGCUAUGUUCCUAUGAAUCCAGGAUCAUCUCCAAUAACGCCUGCAGCUGACUGCACAUCAGAUGGGUACAUUCCCAUGAGUCCAGCAUGUACAAACCUGGUCUUGCCAUCAGUUGUCACAGGCAAUCUGCCAUUGCCUACACUUUCCACAGACAUUGAACCUCCUCCAGUUAACAGGAACCUCAAGCCUCGAGUCAGAAAGAUGAAACCGCCACCUUUAGAUCUGACGAGCCUAUCGACAAUCAGGGGACAUUACAACCAUUCUUGUGUCAAUAGAACGUGCAGUAUGCCAUUCAGGUGGAGUACAGCCAACUGCAUCACACCAGAGAGUCAAUGUACUUCAGCCAGGAGCUUUUACAACACCCUUGAUGGAGAGUAUGAGGAAAAUUAUACUGCAAUGGAACGCUCUAGCUCUGUGUAUAAUGGUUAUGGCAGCAGUCACUGGCCCCGAACUUUGAACUUGGACUAUCUAGCCUUAGACUUCAAUGCAACAUCUCCCUCUCCUGUUCAGAAAAAGCCAUUCCUUUCAUCUAUGCUGGAAGAGAGGGUAGACUACGUCCAGGUAGAUGAACAGAAGACCCAAGCUUUACAGAACACUAAACAAGAGUGGACUGAUGUACGGCAAUCUUGUACCCUGUCAAAAACUUUAAAAUGACAAUUUUUAUGAACCACACCUUACAACGGAUUAAGAUGCAAACUGGAUGAAUAUGGUUCAAGAAAUAACUAAUUGAAGGAGUGAGUUAAUUUUUUAUAUUAAGAAGUGAACACACAGUGAAAAUAGGCGGCUUCCAAAUUGCUGCCUCCAACAGAGAGACAAAGAAUGUUAUAUUUCUAAUAAUGAUGCCACUGUAUUAGAUUAUUCUGAGCUAUUUUUGGUUUAUAUUUUAACAGCAAUUUGUUCAGAACUGUGUCAUCUAGAAUUCAGAAGAAUACCAAAUGGUUUUAUUAACUGCUGGUGUAUAUCUCAUUUUCAUAUAGCAAGUCUGCUGUGAAAGGUCAAAAUGCAGAUCUUCUAUUCUGUGCCCAAAGGCAGGUCCAAUCCAUAGCAGCAUGUUCUCCAACACAAAUGGGACAAGGAGGCUGAUGCUGAAUCUAUCCCAGGCAGUUCAGGCAUUGAACCCUGUACUGUUGGUCCCAAUCUGAUCCAGACCAUCUGAGCCACACUGGCCACUGCAACAGUCUGAGUUGCUAUGGCAAUGUGCACUUUUACAUGCACAUUGUAGCCUGGAGGAAAUGAUGGUGAUGGUAGAGGCUUUGCUUUUCACUCCAUCACAUAAUGAAGCAGAAAUCUUGCCCCCUUUUUACCAGCUGCGAUUUGGCUUAUGUUUUAAGAAUUUACACAUUGAUGUUAAACCUCUUUGACUGCGUUACAAACUUUAGCCAUCAAGUCCUGGACUAGGAGAUGAACCCAGAGCUCCUGGCUCAGAAGUAGGUACACAGCCUGCUAUGUCACAAAAUCUAAGCUCUUAGAUUAAGAAAAAAGGAAAGAGAAAAGGAAAGAGAAUAAUUUCUAUGGCACCCAGCUUGGAUUUUAAAAGUCGAUAGAUUAAAAGAGAAAGAAAAGGGCUUAAAAGAUUUCAUCAUUUUGAAAUAGCAGGUGACUCCAGUGCGCCCUGAUUUCAAUGUAGUGGAAAUACAGUGAAAUCGGAAACUGUGUUCAACAAUAUUUGCUGAGAGAGCAACAAGAUAUAAAAUCAAGGGUAACAUUUCAGUAAUUGUGUUGAUUGCAAUGACAGUGAGAGAAAUCUUGGAGGUGAAGUGUAACAAUGUCAAGCAUCAAAUUUUCCUGUGUUCAGAAGUGCAGGUGAGCUUUAUGAAGACAGUGUUGAGGUUUUAAACUAUUGGGAAAAACUCUGAACCUGCAGUCAGCAGGCAGGGUAUAACUAGUAAGGUUGGUAUUUUAAUGUGGUAAUUUUACCUACCAAAGGGCACCAAACACAAUGAUACGUAAACUGAUUUUGUCCUUUGGUUGGAUAGCAAUCAUUUAUAGGUUUAAGAUUUAUAUCUUUUUUACAAGUUUUGAUUUUUGCUUGUUGCCUAAGAGAAGCAAAAGACAAAUCCCUAUGAAAUCGGAAUAUAAGUCGUUUUGGAAAGCUAAAAUAGAACUGCUGGACAGUUCUACAAGUCCAAAUGAUAUAUGUUCAAAUUAUCUUCAGUUUCUAAUAGAACAGAAGUUUCUGCCUCAUUCUAAGAUUCCUAUUUAUGUUGGAAUUAUUAUUACAUUUAUUGCACUAGUUUAUCAGGUAGCUUUUUUUCAAAUUACAUAGAAGCAUUUAUUCUGUGACAAACAAGAAAAAAAACAGAUUUUUAUUUUAACUCAGGAAUAGGAUGUCAAUGCUAAUAAAACAAAUACUAAAAAUAUACAUUAAAAAAACAGAAAUUGUCAAACAAGUAAACACCAUGUCCAACAUUACCAGAAAAGACAAGAAGAUGGAGUCCCUUUGUAAGAAUAAAUGAAGAGCCUACGUACAAACAUAACCUCUUCAAUAUGCUGACAGACCUGUUGCAGUAUUGGGUGAGACUUUACCUCACUCAAAUUGCAUUUACUUACACAGAGUUAAAACUGGGCCAGUUUAUUCCUUUUAUCGAAAUAUCAGCAACUAUUUGCAAUUUUUCAGGAAUUUUAUGGGCGAACAGAAUAAGUAGAUUUGACCCCAUCUUAGCUCAGCCUAAAUCUGGUUCUACUCAAUGGAAUCAAACAUUCCCCUCUCUUGUGAAAUAGAAACUGAAAAGUAUUCUGCUCAAUGUUUUACUUUUUGCUAUAAGCAAGUCCUGUUUACAAGCCCAAAAGAAAACAUUGACAUAUGUAGGCGUGGUUUAUGGCUUUUGCAAACAUUGAAAAGUCUGAAAAGGUCAUCUUGUGGUAAUAAAUGGGAUCUCCAAAUUAAUUUGUGAGAUAACAACCUUUGCUAUUUUUUCUCUGACACCAUCGCUCUCCUGUGGAACUCUUGAUUUUUUUCACGUAGUAUAGGUGAAUAAAGAUUGAGGACUGUAGCUGGAUUCAGCCAUCGGUUUUCUUUUUCCUUUGAAGGCAUUGACUCUCUGUGAGGUUCAACCCCGUUAUUAUUCUUCAUGUGCUGUUUGAGCUAAUGCAGGUGGAGGUUAACAUCAUAGCUGCAGCUUAUUCUAUUCUCACCUAUGGUUCAUACAUAUUCACUGGAUCCAGUGGGGAGUGACCAAUUCCAAAGGCCAAUACUGAUUUUCAUCACUUAGCAAUAAAGACUAAUUAGAAUAUCAUAUGCACUGUUCUAAAUGAAAUCUGCUAACUCAGCACUGAAAAGGAAUAAAACCUGAGACAUAUUAAUUUUGAAAGGUUAAUGCUACUUUGAACAAUGAUCUUACACCCAAGGUCAUUGAAAAGAGAUUGUAGUCAAAAACACUAGGCAGUUUUGAUAACUUACGUACAAAAAAUUAUUGUAACCAAUACUCUCUAAGAUGUUGAAAAUGCACGUAUACAUUCAGAUUAAAUUUCUCUGUUAGAACAUUCGACAUAGGAGCAGUAUUAGGCUAUCGAACCCAUUGAAUCUUCUCCAUCAAUCAUUGAGAUCAUGACCCUCACACAAGUGGAAAUCAAGCUCUCAGAAUUCAAAAUAAAACAAAGAACUGUGGGUUCUGGAGAUCUGAAACAAAAACAGAGUCUGGGAGAAACUCCAUUCUCAAGAAGGUUCACAACUCAAAAUCUUAACUUUAUUUUUCUCUCCACAUGUGCUGAGUUUCUCCAGCACUUUGUGUUUUUAGCUCUCAGCAUAUACCCUGUCAAGAACUUUAAAUAUCUUAUGUUUCAAUAAGGUCUCCUCUCAGUCUUUUAAAUUCCAAAAGUUUUAACCUGUGGUUAUAAUUGCACAGUGCAAUUUCUCUUGUGGAUGGAAUGUUGUAGCAGCAAUGAUUGCAACAAAAAUAUUUCCAACUCCUUUUUUGGUCUUGAUUAUAUAUAAAUAAAUCUGGUAUUCAUAUUAUAUCAUAAACUCAAAAGAGACAGAAAGCCAAAGAUGUGUGUUUUUUCUUAUGACAAAUUAUGUGAUUACCUGGCCCAUUCACCUCUCCAGGUCCAGUUGUUCAUAUUUGGGGCAUUCAGCUGAACCUUACUACUGGACAACAGAAGCAUUUCAGUGACUUUUGUUUAAUUUCUUCUUAUUUCUUAGCCGUGUUCUAGUGUAGAAGGCAAAUAAGCAGUUGAGCAGUUGAUUUUGGUGCUAAACAUGAUAGAAUGCUAUUUAAUAUUACAUUCUACAGUUCUGCUAAGUCACGAGUCACAUCACCUACAUCCGUUCCAUGUAAAUAAAAGUAAUGAUGCCAUUUGGCGUUAAUUUUCAUUCACUUUUUCAAAGGUAUCACUUGAGGUCCAUUACCCAGAAUGCAUGAACUCUUGGGAUACAGAUCUGCACUAGGCUUUUGCCACAUUAAGCUAAAUUCUAACAUACUGCUCAUGUCGCUGUCAAAGGCAGUGAGCAUCUUCAUAUAGAAAGAAAACAAAAAAAAUUAAAUUGUUCUAUUUAAUUGCUCAAAUGACAUGUGGAAGCUUCCUACCUUCUAGCAGCAUUCCAAAAAAAUUGGAAAGCUAUAAAUUCUGUAAAUACUUAGAAGAUUCCACAUGUUCUGUAAGAGAAAUAACUUUAUCAACAUUUCUUUCCUUUAUUAAAAUUUAUUUUUAUCUUCAUACUCUUGGGGCAAAGGCCAUUAAGGGACAUAGAGCAGAGUCAUGUAAAUGAGAUCAGGUUACAGAUCAGGCAUGUCCUAAUUGAAUGGCAGAGCUGGCUGCAAAAUCUGAAUGGCUUUAUCCUGAUUUUAGUUUCCUAAUUUUAAUCCAAUUAACUGAAAGAAAAUAGGAUGAUGGAUGGUCAAUGUUAACAGCAUCAACUUUAUAACCAAUGGGUUAAUCAAAGCAAAAUGGCAAGGGAUACUUCAUUAGCAUAAAUAGAAAGAGCAAGGGCUGAUUGUAGCAAUGAGUUUGCUUUCUUGACUAUCAAUGAUUAAUAGAGUGAAAGCCUUUGAUGAUUGACCACGAGAGGGAUUUGCAUAAUCUCUGCUUAGCUAUUGGUUAUUUUCAUCAAAAAUAAAAUAAGGCAGGGUACAAAAACGGUGACUGAUCCAAUCCCGUCAAUUUUUCAUGUGGCCUGUUUGGCUAAAAUGACUCCAUUCCGUUCACAUGAACAUACCUAUGAACCAGGAAUCAUAGGCCUUUCAGCAACUUGAGCUGCCCAGCCUUUCAAUAAGAUCACAGUUGAUCUUAUUGUAGCCUCAAAUCCACAUUUCCAUUACCCUGAUAACCUUUCAGCCCCUUACUUAACAAAAAUCUAUCUACCUCUGUCUUAAAAAAUAUUCAGAAACUCUGCUUCCACAACCUUUUGAGGGCGGGAGUUCCAAGAUUCACAAUACUUUGAGAGAAAAGUUCUGACCUGAAAUCUUUGUUUUAAAUGUGAGACCUAUCAUUUUAAAGAGUGACGCCAGUUCUAAAAUCUUCCCUAAGAGGAAACAUUCCAUCCACACUUAGCCCAAGACCUUUAAACAAGUUGUAUCUUAGUCUUCUGAAUUCAAGUGGAUACAAGCCUAGCCUGUCCAACCGUUCCUCAUAAGACAAUCUGUUCAUUCCAGGUAUUCAUCUGGUAACCUUCUCUGAACUGCCUCCAUUGUAUUUAUAUCUUUCCUUAAAUAAAAUGACUGGUACUGUACACAGUAUUUCAGAUGUGGGCUCGGUGCCCUGUAUGACAGAAGCAUAAUCUCCCUACUUGUCUGCCAGAUUCUAUAAGUACAGUUACCUAAUAGCAUUUUCAUGUGAACAGGAAUUGCACUAUAAAUAACAAGAGGUACCCAGAGUUGUAUAGGUAACAGCUGCCAGGAAAAUAAAAGUCAGCCUACUUAGAGUCAGUCAAAAACCAAAUGUAAAGGUGCACUGUACUUUGAAAGGAAAGGUCACAGUGUUACAUGUGCUGUUCAAAGAGAAAUAUAUUGCCAGUAAUUUGAAAGCUAGAGCUUUCAGUCUCACACUCUAAUCUCCUUUCAAAAAAUGAACUACUGAACUAUCACAUAAAUAAUGUUUUGAAAGAGCUCCCAAACAUAUGAACAACAAGACGACAUAGGGCACCUCUUUCAGUACGAAUAAUGUGUUUGAAUUAUGUGGCUUGGAAACUAUAAGCUUGGAGAAUUCAUUAAUUCAUCCCUGCUAAUCCAUUUGAAAAAAAACAGAAAUAUCUUCUAAGAAAAUUCAGUUUUUUUCAAUGAUUCCACUGUGUCCCCAUAAAUCUACUCAGAACUCAAUUCUAGCUGUUGAUCAAAAAUUAUGUGAAGAGUUUUUGUCAAAAUCUCAUUGAAAUAGUAGUUUGCAUUGAAUUCUUCUUUAAGCUUAUAUAUAUUAUGCUAUAGUUAUGUUUCAUAACUUUUACACGAUUAUGUAAAAGGAGAAUCCCAUUGUUUUGCACCCCUUGAUUGAAAGAAGAUUCUGGUUUUUUGGGGGGCUGGAAGGUGGUGCAUGAGUGGAGAGGGAGUAAUUAUUUUGGUGCAAUCCUGUUUCCCAGGUGAAAACAUUAUACAAUUAUCAACAGGUUACUUGGGCAAAACAACUAAUUAUGAGACUCCCCAACAGUUUCAGUUUUCACAACGAAAGGAUUUGACUCGAAUCACAGUUUAGAAAGGGAAAUAGAUUGGGAAAAACUUAAUUCAGAAUCUUCUCCUUGUCUGUUCGUCAAUUGUAAAUAUUUGUAUAUAAAGAUCUGUAAAAUAUUUGUUAAAAUAAAUUGUGUGUUGUGCUACA